CCGGCGGGGCGGAUCGCGGAGCGCUGCAGCGGCGGGCGCCGUGGAGUCCGGCCCGGAGCCCGGGGGGACUUGUGUGUGUGAAGAGGGUAUCCGGUGCGCUGCCUGGCACCCACCCCGCGGCCGCACGUGGGCGGGAGCGGCGGCCCGCGAGGAGCCGGAGGAGGAGGAGGAAGAGGAGGGGACGCGCGGCGGCGCAGCGGGGACCCGGGGCCGCCCGCGAGAAGCCCCGCCCCGGCCGCCGAGCCCCGCGCGGGCGGGCGGGAUGACCCGCGGCCGCCGCACUUUGGCCCGAGCGCUGCCCUGAGCCGGCGGGCCCAGCGGCCGCGGAGAGUGGGCGAGUGGGCGCCGCGGGCGCCAUGGAGCAGUGGCGGCAGUGCGGCCGCUGGCUCAUCGACUGCAAAGUGCUGCCGCCCAACCACCGGGUCGUGUGGCCCUCGGCCGUGGUCUUCGACCUGGCGCAGGCACUGCGCGACGGCGUCCUCCUGUGCCAGCUGCUGCACAACCUCUCCCCGGGCUCCAUCGACCUCAAGGACAUCAACUUCCGGCCGCAGAUGUCCCAGUUCCUGUGCUUGAAGAAUAUCCGCACCUUCCUGAAAGUCUGCCAUGACAAAUUUGGGUUAAGAAACAGCGAGCUCUUUGACCCCUUCGACCUCUUCGACGUCCGAGACUUUGGGAAGGUCAUCUCUGCGGUGUCGAGACUUUCUCUGCACAAUGUGGCGCAGAACAAAGGGAUCAGGCCUUUUCCCUCCGAGGAGACCGCAGAGAACGACGAUGACGUCUACCGCAGCCUGGAGGAGCUGGCUGACGAGCACGACCUGGGGGAGGACAUCUACGACUGCGUCCCGUGCGAGGAUGAAGGGGACGACAUCUACGAGGACAUCAUCAAGGUGGAGGUGCAGCAGCCCAUGAAAAUGGGCAUGACCGAGGAUGACAAGAGGAAUUGCUGCUUGCUGGAGAUUCAGGAGACCGAGGCCAAGUACUACCGGACCCUGGAGGACAUCGAGAAGAACUACAUGGCUCCCCUGAGGCUGGUGCUGAGCCCCGCGGACAUGGUGGCUGUCUUCAUCAACCUGGAGGACCUAAUUAAGGUGCACCACAGUUUCCUGAGGGCCAUCGACGUGUCCAUGAUGGCAGGGGGCAGCACUCUGGCCAAAGUCUUCCUUGACUUCAAGGAAAGGCUCCUGAUCUACGGGGAAUACUGCAGCCACAUGGAGCACGCUCAGAACACGCUGAACCAGCUCCUCGCCAGCCGGGAGGACUUCAGACAAAAAGUCGAGGAAUGCACGCUGAAGGUCCAGGAUGGGAAGUUUAAGCUGCAAGACCUGUUGGUGGUCCCCAUGCAGAGGGUGCUCAAAUACCAUCUCCUCCUGAAGGAACUUCUGAGCCAUUCCACCGACCGGCCCGAAAGGCAGCAGCUCAAAGAGGCGCUGGAAGCCAUGCAGGACUUGGCGAUGUACAUAAACGAGGUUAAACGGGACAAAGAGACCCUGAAGAAAAUCAGCGAAUUUCAGAGUUCUAUAGAAAACUUGCAAGUGAAACUGGAGGAAUUUGGGAGGCCAAAGAUCGACGGGGAGCUGAAGGUCCGGUCCAUAGUCAACCACACCAAACAAGAUAGGUACUUGUUCCUGUUUGACAAGGUGGUCAUCGUCUGCAAAAGGAGAGGCUACAACUACGAGCUGAAGGAGAUCAUCGAGCUCCUCUUCCACAAGAUGACCGACGACCCCAUGAACAACAAGGAUGUCAAGAAGUGGUCCUACGGCUUCUAUCUAAUUCACCUGCAAGGAAAGCAGGGCUUCCAGUUCUUCUGCAAGACGGAAGACAUGAAGAGGAAGUGGAUGGAGCAGUUUGAGAUGGCCAUGUCGAACAUCAGGCCCGACAAGGCCAACGCCAACCACCACAGCUUCCAGAUGUACACGUUCGACAAGACCACCAACUGCAAAGCCUGCAGGAUGUUCCUCAGGGGCACCUUCUACCAGGGUUACCUGUGCACCAAGUGUGGCGUCGGGGCGCACAAGGAGUGUCUGGAGGUGACGCCUCCCUGCAAGAUCAGUUCUCCUGCAGACCUGGACGCCUCUGGAGCGGGACCCGGUCCCAAGAUGGUGGCCGUGCAGAAUUACCAUGGCAACCCCGCUCCCCCCGGGAAGCCGGUGCUGACCUUCCAGACGGGCGACGUGAUCGAGCUGCUGCGAGGCGAUCCCGAGUCUCAGUGGUGGGAGGGUCGGCUGGUGCAAACCAGGAAGUCAGGCUACUUUCCUAGCUCGUCUGUGAAGCCCUGCCCCGUGGAUGGAAGGCCGCCCAUUAGCCGGCCACCAUCCCGAGAGGUCGACUACACGGCAUACCCCUGGUUUGCAGGCAACAUGGAGAGGCAGCAGACAGACAACCUGCUCAAAUCCCAUGCCAGCGGGACCUACCUCAUCAGGGAGCGGCCAGCCGAGGCAGAGCGCUUUGCCAUAAGCAUCAAGUUCAACGACGAGGUGAAGCACAUUAAGGUGGUGGAGAAGGACAGCUGGAUCCACAUCACAGAAGCAAAGAAAUUUGAAAGCCUCUUGGAGUUGGUGGAGUACUACCAGUGCCACUCGCUCAAGGAGAGCUUCAAGCAGCUGGACACCACGCUCAAGUACCCCUACAGGUCAAGGGAGCGGGCAGCCUCCAGGGCCUGCAGCCGGUCCCCAGCUCCCUGCGCUUCCUGCAGCUUUUCCCUUCUCAGUCCGCAGGGUCUGAGCUUUGCUUCUCAGGGCUCCUCUGCUCCCUUCUGGUCAGUGUUCACACCCCGCGUCAUUGGCACAGCCGUGGCCAGGUACAACUUUGCUGCCCGGGACAUGCGGGAGCUCUCGCUGCGGGAAGGCGACGUUGUGAAGAUCUACAGCCGCAUUGGUGGGGACCAGGGCUGGUGGAAGGGCGAGACGAAUGGACGGAUCGGCUGGUUUCCUUCAACGUAUGUAGAAGAGGAGGGCAUCCAGUGACAGCAAGAACGUGCACAGGACUCGCCAAUUUUCUUGGAAGAGUCGCUCCAACUCUGAAGUCCAUCUCUAGGUCUGCGACUCAGAGGGGAAAUGCCCGCCAACCUUCCAGUCUUCAACAGCCCAUAGGGAUGGGGAGGGUGUUCAGAAUCCUAAACGUGAACCGUCCUACCACCAGUCUGCCCUCGGUGGCCUGUCCUGGGUACACUACUUGUACAUAGAGGAAAUUGGGGCCAGCCCUGCUGUGGCUGCCACCAUCAGAAUGCUGAGGGGAGGGAGCGCCAGUGGCCUUCUGAGCCAGGCUCUGGGUGACAGCUGAGGCCAGAGCUCAUCCUGCCCCUGUCUUGUUGAGAAGGCAUUCAGGAACCUGGGUUUGAACAGCAGAUGCUGUCCCAGGGAGGGCUGGGGACAGCAGAGGGGAACCUUCCCCCGCCCCUUCUGCUUAGGCCUGGACUCUUAGCUCGCCUGUUUCCUGCUGCUCCCAGGGGGCGGCUUCCAGCCUUGAGAGGCAGACGGGACCAGAGCAGGCUGUUUGCUGCAGCCCCUGCUCAGCCCAGCUGUGCUUGGGUGUAAGAGAAGAGGGCAUUGCAGGAGGGCCUGUGCAGUCCCCCUUGACUUCCUCGUGUCCCUCUGCACCAGGGGCAUGCAGAGACCCCCCAGGGCAGGUCCCUCUCUUGGGAGGGCCCUUAGGAACGAUGAAGUGGCCAACCCUACUCCCAGUCAAUGGUACUGUUCUUUGCCCCGAAUCCUAGGUGUGUGUCUGUCCUGUCCUGCUGCCAGGUAGAUGCAUCUUCUAUAAACCCUGAUAUGGGUGGGAAGAAAGCAGGGUGUUCCCUCACUCGGUCCCUGCUGCUCACAUUCCUCCCCAGGAGGAGGACCCCCUGCUCCUGUGCAGGUGGCCCCGUCUGGGUCUCCUGUGUUCUGUGGUCCUUAGGGUUCCUCCCAGCCUUUGCACAGGAUGUUGGUUCCACGCCUUGGCAGGUCUUCCUUCCAAGGGCUCCUGCAGCCCAUGAACUGGGGCUGUGACCAGCCCAAAAGAAGUGCUCUUGGGGGUGGCUCUAGCCCCUAAUUCCCGCUCCUGACUCCUGGCCCUUGACCUCUGGCUGGUUUGGCCAGACCUUGUCUCCUCUGCCCGGAUGUUGCAUGAGACCUGGUGACACUCUCCCUCUGACCUCCGUGCCAAAGCUACUGGGGAAACCUGGGCCACGUUAGCUACACAGCCCUGUGCAAGGAGCAGGGACCAGGCCAAGGCUGGGCUUGGGGAAGGCUGGCCCCUGCUGGGGUGGGUGCUUGUUGCCACGCUGCACCCGGGGUUCCUCUUGAGGUCAGCCUUGUAGCUUGCAGGCUCAGCUCACACACCCAGCAUCCUGGCGUGGUGAGGAGGGGGAAAGGUCAGAGAUGGUGAGUGGCAAGGAGAAAAGAGAAGGCAGCCUGCAAAGGCUUGAGAAGUGAGCGUGAACAGGAUCACAUCUGGGGGGCGG